AUGUGGAGGUGGAGGGAUUACACUCCGACGGAAGGCGACGGCGACGGCGACGGCCAAACUCCCAUUUACGGUGAGGGUUCCAAUCUGAUUACAGUUAAGCUUUGCCAUGGGGGUGGGUUUGUUCUGCAAAAUAAGUACAGUUAUAUGGCGGGUGAAGUUGAGUACUUUGACAAGGUAGAUUCUAAGAUGCUUACAAAAGAGGGGCUGGAAACCCUUGUUGAUAGGACUAAGUAUUGCAGGCCACAUAAACUUUAUUUUAAGGAUCCGAAUAUGGAAAGGCAUGGAGGAUAUAGAGUCAUUGGAGGGGGUAAAGAUGUUUAUGACUUGAUAGCAUUGAAGAAUGAAUCUGGGAUUGUCGAAGUGUUCAGGCAGCAAGCUGAUACAAAGCAUGUUGAAGAUGUGAAGGGUUCAAAUGGGAGUGAAGCCAAUGAUUCGGAUGAAGAUUAUGGGUCUUGUGAUGACUUAUUGAGUGAAAAUGAACCUGAGGAUGAAGAUAGAAUUAAGCUAUCUACUAUCCCGCCGAAGGGGAAUCCUCCUAAACUCAAGAAGAUGGGAAGGCCUCCGAAGCCUAAGAAGAACCCCACAUCUGAGGGAACCAGUAACCUCCCCAAGAGAAGGGGCAGAAAACCAACUGCAAAAUCAGUGUGUAAAAAUUGCAAUCAGACGGGACAUUUCCGAUCAAUAUGUCCUUUAUUAGAAAGGCGGAGAGAGAUGGUGAAGGAAAUUGAAGAACGACAGGCACUGAAUGAAGCAUCUCUGAAUUUAAGUCGGACUAACGGAAUAGAACAGCCACAACCGGUGGUAUCCGAGUGUGCUGCUUGUGAUUCAACCACUCACACUGUUGAAACAUGUCCAAUCUUAAAAGAAACAACACAAAUGGAAGAGGAAUACCUUCGUAGUUGUCAAAAUGUUGAUAAUGGUCAGAUGGAAGAGGAGAUAAGCACCCCGAAUGCAUCUCCUGAAAGUCAGGCAGGAGAUGAUGUUGAUUACGAUAAUACGCCUUAUUUGAUAAAAUGUGAUUACUGUCCUCAGUUUGGUCACACCAAAGAGGACUGCCCAAAAUACGAGCUGGAUGUUAAAAGGGGGAAGAAGAAAACUGAGGAAAGUGCAGAAGUCAUCACUGCUGCCUUAGAUGAAAUCAUCAACACCCCAAAUGCACCCCAACAAAGUAAAAAGAGGCCUGCAAGUAGUGAACCAGACGUAGUGAUAUUAAGUGAUCAGUCGGGACAUCAAGUCAAAACACUACGGGGUAGGACAGUGUUUGUUCCUGCACAUGAUCAGGCUACCAAGAAAAGAAAGAAAGGAAAGCAGAGCGUAAAUUCUGGUUCCAAGGCAGAGGCAAGAAAGAUUCAGAAACUCUUUUGCCAUGUUGUGCCGAAACCAGUAAAUGAUGAAUCCGAUAUGGCCAAACAACUUGAAAAGCUGAAGGAACCAGAUGGCCGGAUUCAUUGGGGAUAA